AUGGACGAAUUUUUCGAUGAUCCAGCUGGCACAAUUGAGACAUAUGUAGAGCCUGAAAUUGCAGCUCAACCAUUAAUGUUUAAUGAUGCAGCCAGAUAACCAUUUGAAAUCCCUAUUGCACCUAAUGCUGGAGUUACUUUAGUGAGUGCAGAAUAACAAAAGAGAAGAGAAAAAUUAAGAGAGUUAGAAGAAGAAAGAAUCAAACUUGUAAGGGAGAAAGAUUAGGAAGAAAGAAUUUAAAAAUAAUAAAGAAAGGAGAAGGGUUAACAAUAUUUACUUCAGUUCUAAACGGAAUUGAAAAAAGACAUUGAGGCACGAAAGACUGCAAAUCAACAGGCUUAAGAACUCAGGUCUCAAAAUAAGAGCGAAUAUAAAAACUCUUGGGAUAAGAUAGCAUCCAACAUUGCUUUGAAAGAUGGAGAAUACCCUGGGGAAAAAGAUGUAGCCAAAAUGAGACAAGCCAUACUUAACAAGAGGAAAGAUUUGACUAAGUGAAAAUGUAUAUUAUAAAAAUAUAUAAUAAUCAUAUAUUAUAAUAGCAACCAA